AUGGUUCAGAACUACAUGUAUGACCCGAAGGAGAAGGACAUGUUCCUGAUGGCCCCGCACCCAAACGCCUCCCACCCCCACUGGUGGAACGGUGCCGAACCCAUUUGGAUUAACGCCGAGAAGCAGGGCUUGAGAACAGGAGUUUACUGGUGGGACGGGUGUCAGGUCAAGAUCAAAGGCAAAGAGCCCACGCAUUGUCUGGAGUACCAGAGCUACUGGACGUGGUCUAAGCCGGUCGAGGAUACCAUCAAUGCUUUGUUCGAGAUUCUCGAUAACUUCGAGUCCGACGACUGGCACUUAGGACUCGUGUAUUACGAGGCCAUCGAUGCUAUGGGACACGCCUUCGGCUCGGAGUCCAAAGAGCGGGUCGAAGCCGUCCAGGAUUUCGACAAAAUCUUAGCCACACUUCAGGACGAAAUCGACAAAAGGAAUCUACAAAACGAGGUGAAUGUGGUUGUAGUGAGUGAUCACGGGAUGAUUGAAAUCGAUGAAAACCGCAAUACAAAAAUGAUUAACAUUGAGAAUAUUGUGAAUGCGGAUGAUGUGCAGGUGAUGCUGGACAGGGGCACCACAGCCUUCAUAAUACCCAAUCCCAACAAAGAAGCAAAAAUUUUGGAUGCAUUGACUAAAGCGAAGACAAAAGGCUUAAAGUUUUACAAAAAGGAUGAAAUCCCUGUGAAAUAUCACAUCAAAAACAAUCGAAGAGUUUCGCCAAUACUUCUGAUCGCAGAGAAGGGAUAUUUUGUGAGAGGAGUAGUUUUCACAGGAAUCUAAAACUAAACCUGUUUGGGAUGUACUCUACGG